UACUUAGCCCGCAACUGCUGGCAAGCUGCCCAUGGGGAGGACUUCGCAGUGAAGCAGGAAUUGGGAUCGGAGGCGAGGGUCCUAGGAAGACAGAUAGGAUGUAGUGGGUUACAUGGAUCGAAAGAGUAAGGGGACCGUGUGCCCCAUCCGGAAGGACACGGCAGGAGUAGGGGCGCCAUACAGAGUGGAGAAGCAAGGAGGCCGUGGUUGAGAGCUUGCAGGCUGAGUUUGAGAAAGCUGCUGAGGAAGUUAAGCACCUCAAGACCAAGCCAGCAGAUGAUGAGAUGCUGUUCAUCUACAGCCGCUACAAACAAGCAACUGUGGGUGACAUAAAUACAGAACGGCCUGGAAUGUUGGACCUCAAAGGCAAGGCCAAGUGGGAUGCCUGGAAUGAGCUGAAAGGGACUUCGAGGGAAGAUGCCAUGAAAGCUUAUGUCGACAAAGUAGAAGAACUAAAGAAAAAAUAUGGAAUGUAAGGGACUGGGUUUGGCUGCCAGCCACGUACUUCACCUAAACUGAUCUAAUACCUUGUUUUUCUAAUACUGUGGAUGAAGUUAAUAAGUAACUAGUUAACCCGGUUGCUCAAAAUAGCCCAGGAUAUGACACUAACAGAGUAGGGGCUGAAGUGGUUACUGACCCUCGCUGAGUAGUUUUUAUCAAUAGAUCAAUUAAAAGUACGUUUGUUACUUUAA